AUGGCUAUGGGCCCGACACUACGAGCAGGACUCUCACCAAGACAUGUAUCACCGCCUCUAUAUUUCCCACCACCUCCCACAUCAGCAACAGCACAGGCCGAAUCCAAGAAGAAAGGCGUCAAAGUCAGUGUUAAAGAAACUUCACGAAGUACAUCGCCAUCUCCAAAAACCUUGCAGAAACCGCCCAAGCCAAUACUGAAACGCAGGCUUACUUCAACGAAGAGGCAACGACAAUGGGUUUUGCUUGCAUUGCUGGUCACAUCUUUCACCAUCCUCAUUUUGUCUGUGAUCUUUGCCUACUGCGCAGCACUGCCACAUUCGGACAAUAUUCGAGCUGCACAAGCGGCGGCAAAUUCUACUACUUCUCAAACUGCGACCACUAGGACAGUUCACAGCCUGGACAGCGUUAAUCCAGCAACUCACUCACGGAAACUCCGCCGCGAUGAACCCAAGUACACCUUGUCCAGCGAUGACACUCAGACAAAAUCUGUUGAGGAAGCAUUGGCAGAAGACCAGCAAAACGCCGUUAGAUUCAGUCAGCCAUCAGCUAAAGCUUCUUUGACUUUCUAUACUGCUCUCCUACCACUUCUGACCCUCAUUCACACUAGUGUUGAACUUCUUACUUCCUUGGUUCGAGCAGAAACAUCUCAGUCCAGUCGUCUGAGGGAUGUGCUUCGCUUCAGACAAGCAGGCCCAGACACAGAUCAGAUCCUAAGUCGACGACGUGUGGGAACCUUGAUAUCUUUCACAGUAUCCGCUUUACUUCUCCUAGGCUGGACCACAAUGGAGUUCUUCUGGAUGAACUGUGAGAUUAUACCUUUCAGCGCACAUAACGCCGAGGCUGUCUGUCCAAUCCAGAUCCGAGGACACAGAAUGGGAGGUAUAUCUGAGCUCAGUGUCGGCAAAAUAGUGUUGGGGUUCGCUAUCAUGCUUGGGUAUGCGUACUACUGCGUCUAUCUCGUCAGAAGAGUAGGUGUGUUCAACAAAAUACCCAUCAGUGGAGCUGGAAGUAGGGUUUCAAGCUUCCGACGACGAGCACGAUUUGCAAAGGGACAAGACACUUUGGGCGAGGAUUCACGAAUGGACGAUGUGGAAUCUGUGGUUAUUGUUAUUGAUGCUGAGAAGCAUUGA